GCAGUAGCUGCUGCGGUGUAGAGGCGCCGACAGCAGCAGUAGCAGCAUCAGCGGCAGCAGCAACAGCAGCAGGCAUGUCCUCCGUCCACGACUACAACAGGGCCGAGGUCCCCGGCAGAUCGACGCGGAGCGCCAUGACGACGUCGGCGCUGCUGACGACGGCGGCGACGCUGCUGACGUCGGCGGCGGUGCUGCUGGCGACGGUGACGCCGCAGGCGCGGGCCUCGUCCACCAAGGGCGUGCGCAAGGCGUUCUCGUGGCAGGCGGUCAGCUGGACGUGGCCCGAGCAGCCGGCCGCCGCCGACGCCUUGCGGGCCGGCUACACGCCGCACACCAACCUGCCGCACGGCCUCGAGGUGUGGCGCGACCGCCUCUUCCUGACCGUGCCGCGCCGCAAGGCCGGCGUGCCCGCCACGCUGGGAUACGUCACCGUACACAGGGAGGAGAGGGCGCCUGCGUCGCCACGGUCGCCGCCGCUGUCGCCGUACCCGGACUGGGAGACGCAGCGGCUGAAGGGUGGCGAGCGCGCCGAGGGCGAGCCAGCGCGCAUCACGUCCGCCUACCGCGUCAGGGCGGACGCGUGCGACCGGCUGUGGGUGAUGGACGCCGGCACCGCCGACCUGGGGCAGGGCGCGCUCGUCCGCCUCACCCGGCCGCAGCUACUCGUCUACGACCUGCGCACCGACACCCUCCUCCUCAGGUACUACCUGCGGAGAGACGACUUCGACGCGACGUCGUUCUUCGCCAGUAUCGCGGUGGAUGUUGAGGCGGGCCACUGCGGCGAGGCGUUCGCCUACCUGCCGGACCUGGGCUCCUCGGCGCUGGUCGUCUUCAGCCUGUCCGACCGCAGCUCGCGCCGCCUGCGCCACAACUUCUUCCGCAUGGACCCGCUGUACGGCGACUUCGACAUUGCGGGAUUCAACUACCAGCUCGCCGAUGGCAUCUUCUCAGUGGCGCUUUCCGCGCCCGACCCCGAGGACGACGGCUACCGCACCGCCUUCUUCCACGCUCUCUGCUCUUCCAGAGAAUUUGCCGUCUCGUCUCGAUGGCUCAGGAACAGCACUGCCGCUGGCACCACCUCAUGGUUCCGGUCGUUCCAGCUGGUGGGCAGCCGCGGGAACCACGGCCAGUCCACAGGCAGCUUCCUGGACGAGCGAACAGGCGUGCUCUUCAUGAUGGAGGUGCUGAACCACCGCGUCACCUGCUGGAACUCCCGCUCCGGGCUCCCCAUGGACGCAGAAACCAUAGGUGUCGUCGCCGAGGACGACGGUACCUCAUUCAUCUAUCCCAGUGACGUUAAGGUGGAUGCUUCUCGAAACGAGCUGUGGUUCCUGACGAAUGUGUACCCGGUGCUGCUGCUGGGCCGUAUCAACACGACGGAGUACAACUACCACGUUUUCACUGGCGCGGUAGACGAUGUGGUGCGGGACACGCCCUGCGAGCCUGCGCGUGACGCCACGGGCAGCGGACACUGGCGGCGCUACCAGGCGGAAGCCGCGUCCCCCGUGUCUCCCAGCCUCGUCAUGGAGGCGGCGGGGCCGCAAUAACACCAGCUGGCGACGACGCUGCUCCAACAGGUGGUCGCCAACUGCAUCCACCUGUGUCCGCCAGCCUCGUCGUGGAGGCGACGCGACCCCAGUAACGACGGCAGGGGAGCUCCAACAGGCGUUCGGCAAAGCUGUGUCUCCCAGACUCAUCAUGGAGCCUGUAGCAUAGGCUCCCGCCAACUGUGCCCCAAAGGGUGGCCUGCAACACGUGGUCGGAGCCAGUGACGAAGAGUGCAUACUAGAGGGUGAUUUUUAUUAACAUUUAAAUACACACAAAGCGACGUAUAUGGUCCUGAGAGAACUAAUUUAAUUACAGGCACAUGGGGCUGCAAAUUUCGGGAAAAACCACAAAAGUGGACGACAAAUAUUGAACAUGUGACUUCACCAAGUGACGUACCUCGCAGCAGCUGGUCUUAUCGAUCCUGCUCUCACUGGCAGGGGGCAGUGCUACACAUCGCUCCGCUAGACUGCUCUGUUUUCGUGAAUGUAAACCGAUUCAUCGUAGUCUUGUACCGCGAGCACUAUCGUAUCAUCUAAUAAUGCAAGAACGAAAGCAGAGUAGACUAACGGAGUGAUGAAAUGCACAGCCCCUACCGAUGAAGGAAGGAUCGACAAGUCCAACGGCUGCACGUGCGGCGGCAUACGUCACAUGGUAAAUUUAAAUGUUGUGUGACUAGGGCCUCCCGUCGGGUAGACCGUUUGCCGGGUGCAAGUCUCGAUUUGUCGCCGCUUCGGCGACUUGUACGUCGAUGGGGAUGAAAUGAUGAUGAUGAAGGCAACACAACACCCAGUCUCUGAGAGGCGAAAAUCUCCGACCCAGCCGGGAAUGGAACCCUGGCCCUUAGGAUUCAAAUUCUGUUGCGUUAACCACUCAGCUACAGGGGUGGACUACGUCACCUGGUGAUAUCUCUUGUUCAACACUUGUCAUCAACUUUUGGGGUGUUCCCUGACGUUUGUGGCCCCAUGUGUCUUAGCGUCAUCUACAUCGCUGCUGUGGUUUUUAAGCGUUAAUAACAAUCACACUGUGUAUAAACACAUUGGACUGGACUGUCAGUCAGACACAAUGACAAGCAUGUAAUGCUACAAACACACGGCAGACAAGCGUGUGAACAACUGAUCAAGCCUCCUUACAGUGCCUUAAAUCUGGUGUUUAGCCUGAUCAGAGUUUACAAUGUUAAAUCGAUCAUUCUCUUUCUGCUGAACAGAACAAUAUUCAUAAAUUAAGAGAAAAAAAUUUUGGUUCUUCUACAGUAUUAGUCUGUGGUGGCCUCCUAAGCCAAAACCAAUUAGCUAAAUAAAUAGAUUCUAUAGGACAUCCACAGUGUUAUGCUUUCCAUUCAUACUCUCUCCAAUGGUAAGUAACUGUUGAAACCAUGUGUUUUUGGUUGUGCCCUUCUGAUUGUAGAUUGGCAGAAAGCUACUUAGCUAUGAACGGCAGUGAGGAAAUACAACUGUUGUGUUGACACAGGCUAGAUAUCAGAGACAUUUUUGUGGUGAUAUGGAUAUUUGUUUGGUGGUAAGGACAUUUUUUGUGAUAAGUGUGUGAAGUGCUUACAAAAUUAUAUAAACAUAUACUUAUAUGUAUGUAUGGUGAAACUCAAUGCAUGAAAGAUAACUGCUAUACAUAAAAUCGUUCUCAUCAUUAAUAGAAAGUAUGUAUUUCUAUCUAUCACAGUUCACAGACUUUUUAAAAAAUUAUAUGUUUUAUAUGAUGACAUUGAACUAUCCCUUACAUUUCUUCGAUGUAUCGUAGUUCAGAUAAUGAUUUUACCGCUUAAAAAGAGUUCGUUUUUAUAAACGUUGCACUUCUGCAAAAUAAAAUGUUGUUGUUGUUCUAGUCUUCAGUCCGAAGGCUGGUUUACUGCAG